UCGUCUUCUUCCUUGAAAAGUCAUCGGACGUGGGACCACUACACAGAAACAAAUGGCCACAAUUUUGCUCUGCCACUCAUUUUCAUGCCUCUCAUCACUUCAUCAGUCAGUCAUUACUACUGUACAGCUCUCUCUCUCUCUCUCUCUCUCUCUCUCUCUCCCUCUGUCUCUGGAAGUGUUUUGUGUUGGUUUGUGUUUGUGUGAUUCUCUGUCUCCGUCUCAGAAAAACCCAGACUCAGCAAGAAACAUGGCUUUUGCCAUUUUCUCGUUAAGCCUCUCUCCACACUCUCCCGCUCUCUCGUUUACAGCUCAUAACCACCACCACGGCCCCCACUCUCAUGACAGUCCCUCUCACAGCUUCAUGAUCGUGACACGCCGUGUGAGCUCUAGACCGUUGGUCUCUACUUCCCCUGCACAUCAUUCCUCUGCCAUCCCCCGUGGCCGCUGCUUCUCACCUAUUCUCUACUCUGGUGGCGGGGGUGGCCCCGGUGGCAGUGGCGGAGGCGGAAAAGGAGGUGGCGGUGGAGGAGACGGUGGCGAUGGCUCUGGGUCCCGCAACAGAAUCGAGGCUCUCCUUGCUUUAGCUGAGGUUUCGAGGACAUUGGACAGCAUCCCCAAGGACUUGGCCACAGCAAUACAGGCGGGGAAGGUGCCGGCAGCAGUGGUGGAGAGGUACUUGGAGCUUGAGAAGUCAGCGGUGUUCCGGUGGUUGCUUCAGUUUGGAGGAUUUAGGGAGAGGCUACUUGCUGAUGAUCUGUUCUUGGCCAAGGUUGCAAUGGAGUGUGGUGUUGGCAUCUUCACCAAGAGUGCUGCAGAGUUGGAGCGGCGAAGAGAAAAGUUUACAAAGGAGCUGGAUUUUGUUUUCGCUGAUGUGGUGAUGGCCAUUAUAGCAGAUUUUAUGCUGGUCUGGCUUCCUGCUCCCACCGUUUCUCUCCGACCCCCCCUCGCUGUCAAUGCUGGAGCACUUUCUACGUUCUUCUAUGGCUGUCCUGAUAAUGCUUUUCAGGUUGCUCUGGCUGGUAGCUCUUACUCAUUGUUGCAGAGAAUAGGUGCAAUUCUGCGUAAUGGGGCCAAGCUUUUCAUAGUCGGGACUGGUGCAUCUUUGAUUGGUACAGGUUUGACAAAUGUGUUGAUAAAUACAAGAAAGCUUUUCGAUAAAACCUUUGCGGUUGAGGCAGAGGAUGUGCCUGUCCUCUCCACCAGUGUUGCAUACGGAGUAUACAUGGCAGUUUCUAGCAAUUUAAGAUAUCAGGUCCUGGCUGGAGUUAUAGAACAGAGAAUCCUAGAGCCCUUGCUACACCAGCACAAGAUCAUUCUCAGUGCGUUAUGCUUCGCUGUUCGAACUGGCAAUACAUUCUUGGGUUCAUUGAUGUGGGUGGAUUAUGCGCGAUGGAUAGGAAUUCAAAAGAUUCGAGAAUAAUACAUUGUUAGACAUUCAGCUUCCAUUUCACCAGCAAAUUGUAAUUCUGGAAUGUGCAUAUGUAAGAUUACCUGUGCAAGAAUAAACCUAUCAGUGUAUGACGCAUUCAUGAGAAGAAAAAAUAUAUUGGGAUGUGGUUUUAUUUGUGCUC